AGAAGAAGAAGAGGAAGAGGAAGAAGAGGAUGAGGAUGAAGAAGAAGAAGAAGAAGAAGAGGAUGAGGAAGAAGAAGAAGAAGAAGAAGAGGAUGAAGAAGAAGAAGAAGAAGAAGAAGAAGAGGAUGAAGAAGAAGAGGAUGAGGAUGAGGAAGAAGAAGAAGAAGAAGAAGAGGAUGAGGAAGAAGAGGAUGAGGAAGAAGAAGAGGAGGAUGAGGAUGAAGAAGAAGAGGAUGAGGAUGAUGAAGAAGAAGAGGAUGAGGAUGAAGAUGAAGAGGAUGAGGAUGAAGAAGAGGAUGAAGAAG